AUGAGCGUGGUUGAUGGUCUAAAGUACGCGUAUGGGUUCUACUAUUUCCUGUUCCCCCACUACAUGCUGACGAAGUACGAGUCGUACGCGCUCCACUUCACAAAUUUGAUGCUGUUGCUCGUGGUGGUGUAUUGCGCCAAUCUUGUUAUGACGCCGGUUUUUGGCAACCUUGUGGACUCGGCCUUCAAACCGGUUUUGGGCUAA